UCUGGUUCUAUUUCACUUCUGCAAUAGCACUCGAUUCGCUAUGAAAAGGUUUCACAUAUUAAUAUUCGUCUUUGUGCUGUAUGGACUUGUCAUCUGCGAUGAUCUGUCCUCGGAGGAGGAUGAAUAUGAUGAUCUAAAUAGCGGAUAUACCAUAGGUCGUACGCGAAACAUUUUGCGGACCCUUGUGUCAACAGGUGAUACGGAGAGUUAUUGUUGUUUUUGGAUAAAUCAAGAUCAUCCUGCUCUACCCGAUGCCGUGGAUCUUGAGAAAACGUAUCCAUUCGACUUCGUAGUAAAUGGGAAGAUCAUGGUAACUGAACUCCCGACCAGUUCAACGUUACCUUAUAUACCGACUAAAAAAGUGUAAAGCGAAUAAUAGAAAAAUAAGCAGUUUAGUA